CUGUCGAAUUUUGAUGACGUAACGGUAAUGGCCGCUCGCACUGUAUCGUGUCGUUUUUUUUAUUUUCUACAGCUUAGCUUAUAAAUAACAAUACAAUUAUUGAUUGUAGAGCGCCAUACCUAAAGAGCGAUACUGGGUAGUUCUUAACGCCGCGAACCUGUCUUCAAAGAGGUUCAGGUUGGAAAGUGGAUCAUUCUCCAAUGGACACCCCUGAGAGCCCCACCCAGUCCCCUGAAAGCCCCAACCAGUCACCCCAGUUCCCAUUAGAAGAGAAGGGCAUUUCUGACAGCGAGUUGCUGGCGUCCCCUGAGGAGGAAGACCAGCUCCUCUCUGACAGCGAGUUGCUCAAUGAUGAGGACAACGAUGGGUUAGAUGAAGGUGUUGGAGGUGGCGAUUCUGAGUUGGAUGAUGAUGAAGACGAGGAGGUAGUUCACGGGCAAAUCUCUGAACCAGAGGACGAUGAAGUGGACGGGGAGGGUGAAAGACAAACUCCAGAAAUGCAGCAGCGGGAGUCAGGGGAGACUAUGUUGAUGGGGGAGGUGAGUCCAUCAGUUGAUGAGGAGGACGAGGAUGACGACCAGGUCAGCCAAACUCCUAAGUCUCCUGAUUCUGAGCAGGAGAGGUCAUCCCCCUUUGUUGUGGAAGAGGAGAGGAUGUCCAGACAUGAGGAAGAAGAGGGGGACGAGGGAGUAGUACGAUCCGCAAAGCUGUCAGAUGAGACAGCAGAGGUAGAUGAUGAGGAGGAGGAGGAAGAGCGACGGAGGAGGAGAGUGGUGGUGGUGAACGAAAUGAAGGAUGAGUCGUCUGUGUCCAGAGAGCUGGAUGAACAUGAGCUGGACUAUGAUGAAGAGGUACCUGAGGAGCCCAAUGUUGUAGCACCCGAUGAUGAUGAGGAGGUGGAGAAAGUAACUGGGGAAGAGGAGGAGGAUGAGUAUGAGGAGAAAGAUAAGAUCGUGAAAAAGAAAAAGAUACCAAUUCUUCCUCCAUCCCCUAAAGACGGUCCACCUAAGAAGCCAGAAGAUUCCCGAGGAAGGAGAGACUCUUUUCGUGACAAAAAGAAGGAUGAAGAUGAUGGAGAGAUUGAUGAGGGGGAAAUAGAUGAUGAUGACCUCGAGGAGGGAGAGGUGAAGGACCCCAUGGAUAGAAAAAUUAGACCCCGGGCCAUCUGCCGGUUCUUCAUAAAAGGUAACUGUACCUGGGGUAUGAAUUGUAGGUUCAUCCAUCCAGGCGUCAACGACAAAGGCAACUACUCCCUCAUCUCCAAGCCAGACCCCUUCUCUCCCAACGGGGCACCACCUGGAGGACCUCACCCUCUGAUGCCUGGAAAUAACCCCUGGGGAGGACCUGCUGUUGAGGAGCUCCCUCCACCACCUCCUCCAGUAGAGCCUCCUGUGGAGAGUGCCUGGGAAAGAGGUCUGAGACAUGCCAAAGAGGUGUUGAAGAAGGCUACCAUACGUAAAGAGCAAGAACCAGACUUUGAGGAGAAGCGCUUUAAUGUUACCAUCGGAGAAGAUGAGAGAGACUUUGACAAAGAGAACGACUUCUUCAGGGAACGGAGCUACCGCAUCACUAGAGAAAUCAGAGACCCGGGGGACAUGGAAUUCAGAGACCCAGUCUAUCCUAGCGACCCGUAUGCUGACCCCUACUACGACUAUGAGAUGGAGGCCUUCUGGAGAGGGGGGCAGUAUGAGAACUUCAGAGUGCAGUACACAGAGACCCCUCUGCCCUACCACUACAGUGAACGUGAAAGAGAGCGAGACCCUCGAGAGCGCCAUCGAGACCGGGAGCGAGAACGUGACCACCGGGAGCGAGAACGACGGCAGAGAGAACGUGAGAGGGAAAGGGAGAGGGAGAGGGAAAAGGAGAGGAUGCGCAGAAAGGAGGAAUGGGAGAGGGAUCGCAUGAAGCGCGAUGAGAAGGAGAGGCCGUUCAGGGAACGCCCACCCAGGGAACCCCGGGAGAAGAAAGAGGUGGAGAAAGACAAGCAGCCCAAAGGACCCCCCCGGUCCCCCACUGGUACCACCAUGCCCCCCAAUCGGCCGAUGAUGGAGCCCCUUCCCAAAAAGGAACAGAUGCCCAUGGCCAAGCGGUCAGAUGAGUGGAAGGACCCCUGGCGCCGGUCUAAAUCCCCCAGGAGACGUCCGGGCAUGACUGGGUCACCACUGCGGGGUCGACGGCGACAUCGGCCCUCUGGGUCCUCUGUAUCACUCUCCAACUCCUCUAGGUCUUCGUCCCGCUCUUCCUACACAGGCUCCGGUUCGUCUCGGUCUCGCUCGCGCUCCUCAUCCAUCAGCUCAUACUCCAGCCACUCCUCACAGCAUAGCUCAUUUAGCGGCAGUCCCUCCAGGUCCAGAUCCUUCUCGUCGUCUCCCUCACCAACACCUUCAGCACAGAGGGUUGCUAAGAAUAAAGCAGAAGCCCCAGCAUCCAUAGGGCCUAAAGGUGCCCCGCUGAAGCCUGGUCCACCUCCCCCUCCUCGUAGGGAGAAGGCUCCUGUCAAGAAGGCUCCUAGCCCGUCACUGCCAGGCCAGCCUGGGAAACCCCCAAAACCAAUCCCGGAGGGUGUGAAGCCUGCCAACCUCCGUGAGCCCCGUGAGGGGGGUCGACCCAUGCCGCCUCGGGAAGGAGGCCGACCCAUGCCCCCUCGGGAAGGAGGCCGACCCAUGCCGCCUCGGGAAGGAGGGCGACCCAUGCCCCCUCGGGAGGUUGGCCGGCCCAUGCCCCCUCGGGAGGGUGGCCGGCCCAUGCCCCCUCGGGAGGGUGGCCGGCCCAUGCCCCCUCGGGAGGGUGGGCGACCCAUGCCCCCUCGGGAGGGUGGGCGACCCAUGCCCCCUCGGGAGGUUGGGCGACCCAUGCCCCCUCGGGAGGGUGGGCGACCCAUGCCCCCUCGGGAGGGGGGUAAACCCCCUAACCUACGAGAGGGCAGAAAGAAAGAGAGGCCGCAGCACAACCCACCCAGGCGGACGGUCAGUGGCAGCAUGAGUGGCAGUAGUUACUCUGGCUCCAGCUCUCGCUCUCGCUCAUCCUCAGCCUCUGUUUCUCGAUCAGGCUCCAAAAAAUCCAGAAAAUCCAGGUCUCUGAGUGUGAGCAGUGUCUCCAGCGUGUCCUCUGCCUCCUCGAGCAGCAGCUCUGUGAGGAGCGCUGAUUCAGACGACAUGUACGCUGACCUGGCCAGCCCAGUGUCGUCAGCCAGCUCCCGCUCACCCACCCCCGGACAGCUGAACGCCCGCAAGGAGAGAGGCCCGCCACGUGACCGGGGCCCUAACAAGGAGAAAGGGAAGCCCACAAAGAAAGAUGAACCCCAUCCACCAAGGGAGGACCGGAGGAAAAUGGAUCCUUCAGGCCUCCCACCCAGAAACCCCCAUGGCCCUAUGUCUAGGUCUGGGCCUGGCAGCAGGGGACAUGGACCUGGUGGUCAUGGACCUGGUGGUCAUGGUCCAGGUGGUCAUGGUCCAGGUGGUCAUGGUCCAGGUGGUCAUGGUCCUGGCAGCCAUCCCAUGCACUCGCCCCAUGGACCCCCUAUGGGUCCCCCUGGAGGCUAUGGCCAGCACAAAGACAUCAAACUCACACUACUCAGCAAGCAGCAAGCUGAGCGGGGCAACAGGAAGCGAUACCUGCCUUCAGACAAGGACCGGCCGACCUCUCCCCUUAACAAGAGGAUAGCAAUGUCUCCCGAGAGAGGUCGUGGUGACAGGAGGAUGCCCGGACGACCCCCGCUUUCUCCUAGAAUGGACCGGCCCAGAGGUCAGGGUCCUCGCCCCAUGCCCCCCCCAGGAGAAAGAAAGCGUCCGUUGUCCCCACCGUCUAAGUCAUCUGGGAAAGGUCCAGGGGGCUUGUCCUCAGGCUCAGCCAAGCCGCCCCCCGGUGGCCCUGGGUCGGGAAAGCCCAGCAGCACACUCUCCCGCCGUGAGGAGCUGCUGAAACAACUAAAAGCAGUGGAGGACGCCAUCGCCCGCAAGAGGGCCAAGAUCCCUGGGAAAUAAACCUCACCCUUCCCUGAUCGCCCAGACAACCUCAAGCAUCAAGGGACAUAACAGUCAUCAAUCCCAGUCAAGACGCAUAGCAUCCUCUGGAAAUAAAAAUUAAAAAACACGUUACUGUCCCAAAAUGUAAAGACCAUUGCGUUCAUGAACAAAAUGGCAACUAAAACAUUUCUGCUUGUUUGCCCUCAGAGAGAGCUUGUCUGCAUCAUUUUACAGCACUGAACACUGCUAGUAGCAGGGUGUCACUGUUGCUUGCUCCUGUCUGUUAAGUGAGAAGGGAGAAUCUUCUCACUGUGUCUCAACAAUAGGGUGCAUUUAUAUACUUUUGAUCCACAAUCUUUCUCUGACUGUUAGUGUGUCCUGUCUCUCCCAUGUCUAGGCUCCCAACUCGUUGUCUGUACAAACAUUUAGCAUCUCCAUCAUUCAGACUGGGAAAGGCCAAACACGCUCACAGGACCUCAGGUUCAUGAUGGUCUCUUCUUAACCAAUGACUUCUAUUGUAGGUCUGGAAGUUGUUCUCUUAGUGUUCAUUUUACAUACUGUGUACAAUAAUAGUGAACAUAUGACAAGCCCCCGUUUUCUUUCAAGUGUAUCAUUAUAGAGAACAAACUGACAGUGAUGUGAAGUAUUGCUUUUUUAAUCUACAGCAUUUUUUCUCUAGCUCUUCUCAAGUGAUAAAACCUUUUUUUUUUUUAUUUGUCCCAAAUUUUUAGUUGACAGAGUAUGAGAGAGCAAUGGGGACACUGGAGGAUAAGGAGUGUAUGUCUUGCUUUUGUGACAAAAGGCUUCUAAAUAAACUAUUUUGAUAAAGAGAAA